GUGCUCACCGAGGGGUUGCGCCAUGAGCAGCCUUAACUUCGAUUCUGAUGUUCCUCUCCACUAUGGAUCCUCAGAUGGCGAUGAGAGUUUUGGCGCUUCAGCCUCCGAAGAUGCAGCCGCCGACGGUGGCGCAACUUCUGCUCCAGCUGAACCAGCUGGCGAACCUGCAGCAAAUGGUGGAGCUGAUGCUUCUCCCAGGUCCUCAAGGUCUAGGCCUCGUGGUUCACGUGGUUCUGGUGCUUCAAGGGCCUCGAGACGAAGCCAGCCUCGUGGUGGACCGAAGUGGAGGUCGGGGGCCAUACCUCCGGCACCUGUGUUUGAAGGUGAUGUGGAGGCAGAUCCGUACUGCCUGAGACAUUACAAGAAGAAGUUGCAUAGAUGGUGCCUCAUAACCAAGGACUUCCUGCCUCCCAAUGAACAAGCGCUUAGGGCGCGUGAGCAGUUGCGUGGUGAAGCUGAAUUGGAACUGGCAGAGACUGAGGACGACCGCUACAAUGUGGCCAAUGGCAUUGAGGUGCUCCUGGGUGAUCUUGAGGAGUCAUUUGGGGAGCGCCCAUUGUUUAGACAGGGCGGCGUCAUCAGGGAGUUUGAGAGCAUCGGCAGAAUCCAAGGGGAAAGUGUGACCGCAUUUGUGCGGAGAUUCCGCUUGCUGGAAAGGCGUUUGCGGGACAACAAGGUGCCAGAGUACCCCGAGGAGAGCCGAGUCAUCAAGCUCUUGGAUGGGCUUAGACUGGAUGAAAGAUCUACUUCAGCUUUGCUUUUGGCGGCAGGCAACCAGUACCGAAUGAGAGCUGUGCUGGAUGCCAUCAAAAUUCAAUACCCUGCUGGAGUUUCAAUCACAGGGUUGCCACUCAAGCGUGGUGCAGCUGCUCCAUACAAGCGUGUGCACAAGUCUGGCAAAGGUCGUAGGGCCUGGCACACCACUGUGGAUGAAGAGGUGACUGAGUAUGACCAGACCGAGACGUUUGAGUAUGAGGCCUGGGAAGCAGAUGCCAAAACUGUAGUUGAGCCCGAAGCUGAGUACGAUGAUGUCGUCUAUGAUGAGGAGGACGACAACUAUGAAACAACUGGACAAGAGCCAGCUGCCGAAGAAGGUGCUGAUGCUGGUGCCCAUGACACCACUGCCGACAGUUUGUCUGCAGUUGUGGAAGCCUUGACGGUGACCAGCAAGAGACUUGCCGAGCUGACUAAGUCACGUGGCUAUUACCAGGACAAAGGCAAGGGCAAGCCUGGUGGUGGCAAGCCUUCCAAAGGAAAGGGCAAGGGCAAGUCGAAAGACACCAAGGGCAAGAGCAAAGGCAAAGGAAAAGGAAAGCCAAGUCCUACACCCAGCAAGGGUAACUUGGCUCACCAGAAGAAGGCUCUAGACGAGUCUUUGUGCUUGGGCUGCCUAUCUCCUGGACAUUGGCUUCGAGAUUGUCCACAUGCCAACACCUACACAGCCCAGUUGACAUCGGCUGGCAGUGUGUUGGAUGCCGAAGGCAACAUUGUGGACCACUCAAGCUGGAUGGACAAGAUCGAUGUUUUUGAGAAUUUCAUGGUCCCUAGCUUUGACAAAGCCCCUGAAUCCUAUGCAGCUGAUGUCAAGAUUGCAGUUUUUGAUUCCAACAAAGCUUUUGAUUCCAUGGCCACUUUUGCGGAUGAGCCGGUUUUUGUAGGCACACCAGCUUCGGCGAGAUACGCCUACCCUGCCGGCUUGGGAGGUGCCGCAGUGACGCUGUCAAGCUCCAACCAGCCAAAGAACCAAUUCGAAGGCCGCCGCAUGCCGACAUCGACCACGGCAGCUCCGAGAUGGCUGAGCAACUGGAGGUUUCUCAUGAUGAACUUCUUGGAGCUUCUCUACAAUGUGAAGCAGAUGGUCUUGAUGUACGCGGCCACGGCCAUGAAACCUCGUCUGAAGGAUGCCAUGCUGGACACAUACCUCCCAGCUCAGACUGCCACGACAAUGCUGAAGACCGUCACAGCAGCACAGAUGCAGAAGAAUCAGCAGGUGGCAUACCCCAACGACCCGGCGAGGUGCGAUCAUCCUCUUGGGCUUCGAAGCUAUGGCGCUGGGGGCAGGGUCAUCAAGAUCUGCGACCAAUGUGGAGGCCGGUGGAUGGUGAACACCGACAAGGACAAGUCCCUGGUGCAGUGCCAACCAAAAGCUUCGCCUACGGCAAAGACACCUUUGGGCCUUCCAAAGGGGAUCGACCUCAAGACUGGGUAUGCCCUUCACCCCGAAGAUCUGGGGCGCUAUCGUCUUCAACAACAGCAGCAACAACCAUCCAGCCCACCGACCAGCCGAACAAGCCAGACAGGUCACACGGCGUCGCGAUCAAGGGUGUCAGCAAGUUCCUUGGUUGGCUCGCGACCAUUGCCGUCGCCUUCAAUGAGUCAGGCCAGGGCCAAGAACCGACCUGCAGCAGUGCCUACAUCGGCCAGACUCACCGAGCAGAACCUGGGGUUGUUGGAGGAGGACGAUGUGAGCAUGGCCAGCUGGGAGCAGCCAGCACCGAGUUUGGCUUACUCACCCAGCAUGGCGGAUCCAGAACAAGAGCCUUCAGCUCGCCGGGGCGAGGUCAUGUGGCAGAGCCGUCGUCGAAGCCGCCAGGCGGAGGUUCCUUUGCAAGAGGAGCUGACACUGGGAGAGCACGGCGAGCAUCUAUGGCAGACAAAUCCCAUCCUCCUGACAGAUGGGGAGAACUUCGACGAGGCAGAGGAGGAAGAGGCCGAUCUGCAGAUGAACCAUUGCUCAAAGAAGACCGCGGGUGGCAACAACUCCGCUCUGGGCAACAGAAACGUCUAUGGUGGUUUUGCCAACAUCUCCAUUGAGGGGAUCAAGCAGGGUCUGAAGGUGGCACAGCCCAUCGACAAGGUGCACGGUGUGGCCAUUGAGACCAAGGCGGACCAUGAACAUCUUCGACAACUUCUACGGCGACAUCGGCCUUUCCUGACGGUGUGGGAGAUCAGAUGUGACCCCUGGUCGCACAUCCAGCACUUGAACUACACGGCCGAACAACUUGAAGAGCUACGCGCCCAACAUCGCCUUGAUUUGGAGGAGAUGGCCAAGACCAUUUGCGAGCUCUAUGAAUUGGGAUGCCAUUUUCUUUUGGAAAACCCCUGGGGCACGGAGUUUUGGAAACAACUGGAACUACAGCCUGUUCUUCGUCUUCCUGGUGUGGAGUUGAAGCGCGGCUCUAUGUGCAACUUCGGCCUCAGAGGACAUGAUGGCUAUCUCCUGAAGAAGGACACCGGCUGGUGCAGCGAUCUCCCGAUGGUGUUAGCUGCAGUGGCUGUUCCAUGUCCAGGUUCUCACGAACAUGAAGAAUGCCUGGGCACCAAUGCGAAGCGGGCUCAGAUCUACACCAAGAAGCUUGCCCGCGCUGUGGUUGGCGCACUUUUGCAGGAGCUACAGCUUCGUGGUGAUGAGCGCUUCUACAAGCAUGUGGAGACCUACGCUCAAUGGACUACAUCGCCUCUUUUGAAAGAAGCUGCGGAUCGUCUCCACAACAAGGUUCAGACCGCAGCGACUGUCAAAGAGGACACAGCCUUCUAUGAACAAGUUCAACAGCUUGUGCCCUGGAAGAUGAAGCUGGUGCAGAUUGCAAGGGCGCCCAAGGUGAGACGCCUACCUUUGCAGUUGAUGACGCGUGAAGCUGUCACGCAUCGUGCUGCGGUUUUGCAGCACAACAACGGCCAGAUUCGUUUGGAGUCAGAGGCCAUUGUGGAUGUCAAGGAUGCCCCGGGUGCCAAGUUCGACACUCCAGUGUCGUAUGCAAUCUUCAUCUAUGGCGAAGCUCCGAGCACGAGCUACAACCCUGAGGAGGACCUGAAGCCUGAAGAGAUCAAGGCGAAGAAACCUGAGGCAAUAGCUUCAGCUGACGCUCCAGCGUCUGCCUUGGAGCCAGAGGAGCAGUGGUUUCAACAUCAACCUGGAGCCAGAGAUGUGACGUUCCCUGGCCUCAAGGGUGUGCCGCGUUGGAUGCUUUCUGUGCUCACUAGAGUUCAUGUGAACUUGGGGCACCCUGGAACAGAAGCUUUGGUGCGACACCUUGCACAAGCAGGCGCCAGCGGUGAGGCGUUGUUGGCUGCCAAACACCUUCACUGCCAGAUUUGUGCCCGCACCAAGCCACCAACAACAGCAAGACCGGCCAAGGUUUUCCAGGCCAAAAGGUUCAAUGAUCGUUUGAUGAUGGAUUUGAUUUUUGUGCGGGACGUGACCAGCCAGAUGCACACGUUCCUGUCUCAAGUUGAUGAUGGCACCACCUAUCAGGUCGUGGACUUGCUGGCCAACCGAACUUCUGAAGAAGUUACCAAAGUUCUUGCACGUGGCUGGUUCAAGUACUUUGGGUUCCCUGACCAGGCUUUGCUGGAUGCUGAAGGGGCAAUGAGAGGCUGGGAUGUUGAACAAUACUUGGCCCAGGCUGGAGUGCAGGUACGUUUUGUACCACCAGAUGCCCACUAUCAACUUGGAAAAGCAGAACGGCAUGGUCAAGCUAUCAAGCACAUCAUGAAGCGCUUGGUGAGUCAAUUUGCAGCCACAACACCUGACGAGAUGCAGCAGAUCGCCAACAUGGCUUGCUUUGCCAAGAACAGCAUGGCUCGUCGAUCAGGCGCAUCACCAUGUCAAUGGGUAUAUGGCCGUGCACCAAAGAUUCCCAGCGCUAUCCUCUCUGAACCCGAUGCAGUUGAGGCCAAGCAGGUCAUUGAGGACUCCGAGCGCUACAGGCGUAUCGAGGAGAUGCGCCACAAUGCCAUGCUGGAGUACCUGAAGUUUGAGCACUCCGAAGCCCUCCGGAAGGCGAUACUUCGGAAGUCUCGACCUUGGCGAGGCCCAGUUGAAGUUGGAGCCCGCGUGGCCUACUUCCGGCAGAAGAGCCAGCUGGAUGGAGAAGGCACAGCGGAAGGGUACAGACAGGGCAUCGUGAUCGGUGUCGACCCUUCUCCGACAGGAUCAGUUUGGAUCCGAAACAACAGAGGCCGAGUUGUUCAGGUCGCUAGAGAACAGCUUCGCGGCGUUGAGGGAGAAGAGCUUUGGACUCCUUCAUCAGCUGACUUGCGAAUGCUGCGCUCUGCUGAGGAGGACCUGACCACCAAGCAUGCUGGAAGCCAUGAUCACAGAGGGCCUGCUCCCCAACCUAUUGAGGACAAGUUGGUUUUGGACGCUGCUGGAGAACCUCAAGCUCAACUGGCUUUGGAUGAAGGAGAUGACCUUCUUCCACUACUUGCUGUUCCAGCUCAACCUGCUCAACCAGUUGCUCCUGAGCUUGCGAUUGUGCCCAAAGCAGUGCCGGCAACACCUUUGUCUGCACCACCUACGCCAAGAACCAGGAGGCAAAAACAACUGGCUGACCAACCAGCAAGUGCGGCAGCGCCCAAACAGCCCAAGAAAGACAUCAUGCUUCCAGCACAAGGUCAACAACCACUGAUCUCAACAGAUGUUCCUGCAGGAUGGUUUUUGGACCCCGAAGGUCGUCCAACUUGCGUGACCGAGAAUGCCAAGACGAUCCCAACACCAGAUCCACAACAAUGUGAUCCUGGACGUUAUCAAUACAGGACAACAUGGUCACACCACAAGAACCAAUGGAAGAAGUUGGAGGAUCGUGUGCUGUGGAACCAGACUCCUGCUGCCGACAUUUCUGUUGAUGGAGCACCAGUGGAACGUUUGGUUACAACGUUUUCUCCUGACCAAACUGUUGGUCGACGGCCAUCAAUUCAAUCCACUGUGGAGACCCAACGUGGUGUCAAAAGGAAUGCUGAACAGUCCGAGCUGCCUGAACAGCGUGGACCUGAACCUACCUCAAGUGCGACAGUUGCUGAGCCAGCCGCAGAUCAAGCUCCAACACAAGCACCAGCCGAAGCAAGUGCUUUGCUGACCUACUGCGGUGAAUGUGGCAGCACUGACCAAAAACAUGACCUUCCUUUCGCACAGUGCUCGCGCUGUAGUGCGCACUCCUUUGUCACCGAUCCUCGCCAAGUGAUGAAUUGGUUUGAUGAAGUUGAAGAGCGCCAAGCUUUUGAGCGACUUCAAGAAGAAGUGACCUAUGACGCUAGACUGAAACAAUGGUCUAGCCUACCUCGAGCUGACUUGCAAGAAGUUCUUCUUCCUGCCCCAGAUGCCAUGGAUGAGGCCUAUGAGAACGAAGCUUUUCUGCUGGACAUUGGGCAGUGCUUUCGUCUUCCACCUGACGAUGCAAAAGAUGAUGCAGCCUCAGUGUGGAGUGUGGCCGUCCAGAAUGGGGACAACGAAUGGCAAUGGCAGGAGAUUUUCCAGAACAUUGGCAUCGCCCUGGACACUUUCCAGGAAACUCUGCAAUCAAUGCCUGAUGAAGCACACAGAGCCCUCUUCAUCAAGCACCAGAGAAAGAGCCGUAGACCUUUGCGGCGAAAGACCUUCCUCCUGAAGAUCAAGCUUCCCAGAAAAGAGCGCCACUGGCUUCGGCGACAUGGCCGACACAAUGUUAUGAUGUGCGGAUGGGAUGGCUCCCCACCUGAACUUCAACCUCUUUUUCAAUGUGAUGAUUUCAGCAAGAUCUUUCACAACUAUGUCACUGACGUCGCGGACAAGAAGACCGCUACUGUGAAUGCGGAGGUGAUCCAGGCUGCGGAGCAGCACAUCAAGCAUGGCAGACCCACUUGGGAACAAGUCGCUUGGCAGAAAGCCGAUGGACCUGACACUUUCAGCGUGCAUUUUGCCGAGAACCAGACCAUCACAGGUCCUGAGUCCAGCGACGAGGAGGAGGAGACAGAUGGAGUUGGCAGAGCGGCCAAACAGGCCUUGAAGAAAGAAACUCCCUGGCGAACCAUCAGCGACGAAGAUCGCCCCAAGUUCAUUCAGUCCAACCAGGAAGAAUGGAAUGAAUGGUUGAAGUGGUCAAGCUGCAAAGCUGUUUACCCACAGCCAGGAGAGGUUGACCCCAAGCUGAUUCUCAAAUCCAGAAUUUGCUAUCGCUGGAAGCCCAAAGAUGGUAGCGUUUGGUACAAACCAAAGUCAAGAAUCGUGGUUUUGGGUUUUGCUGACCCUCAUUUGCCACUGCUGAGCAGAGAUGCGCCGGUGUUGGCAAAAACCACCUUGGUGCUCAUCAUUCAAUGGGCUGCAACAUUCCGCGUGACUUUGUGGAAUGGCGACUGCAAAUCAGCUUUUCUCCAAGGAGAACCAGAUACAGAGCGGCCGACGCAGAUCUACAUGCGUCCACCUCAAGACCCCAUAGCCAAAGCUUCAGUGCCUGAGUGGAACCACCCCUUGCUGCUGUAUGCAUUAACAGCACCUGUCUAUGGCCAGGCAAAUGCACCAAGGAGAUGGUUUCUACAUGUUCUCCGAGUUCUACUUGGACUCAACUGGCAGCAGCACAGCCUUGACCCUUGCUGCUUUUUGCAAGUGUCUGGUGACCGUGUAACAGCGGUGCUGGGUAUCCACGUCGAUGACGUGAUUUGCUGCGCUUUGGAGGGCUAUGAGUACCACCUGGACGAAGUGAGGAAGGCCUUUGAGUGGGGCUCUGAAUGGGAACGAGAUGAUUUCAUCUUUACCGGCAGGCGAAUCCGUCGCCAAGACGAUGGCAGCUUCACCGUGGAUCAGGAGCACUAUGUGGCGGACAUUCACCUGACCAAGAUCACCCUUGCGGAUGAUGAGAAGCUGAGUGAUCACCCAGAACUGAUCACGGAAUUCAGAUCAGGCAUCGGCAGCCUGCAAUGGAUGGCAGGUACCACCAGAGGAGACCUGUCUGCUGACACGUCUUUGCUGCAGAAGCCGCCCAAGGAGCUGACGGUUGGAGAUCUCAAGGAGGUCAACAAGGCCUUAAAGUAUGUGCGCGCCACGGCCAAUGCCUACUUCAAGGUGAACCCGCUGGACCUUGAGGACUUGGUGUUCAUCGCCUACGGUGAUGCUGGCUGGGCAAAUGCGCCUGGGAACAAAUCUCAAGGCGGACUGGUGGUGCUAGCCACAAGCAAGCGUUGCCUUGAGAGGCCAUGCCAGGCUUCAUUGCUGGAGUGGAAGUCGUAUCGGCAUCAGAGGAUUCUGAGGUCGACUCUGGCUGCUGAAGCCGCUUCCUUGGACCGGGCCUUUGAUGUUGGCAAUUUCAUGGCCUGCGUGUUCAGUGAGAUGACCUUCCCCAACUAUAAGGCCACCACUGCGACACCCAUGUACGAGGUCAUCCCAGUGACUGAUGCGCGUUCACUUUGGGACGCGAUCCACAGGCUGAGCACGACCUUUGCAGAGAAGCGUGUGGAGAUAGAUGUGGCAGCGCUGAGACAAAGCUGCCGAGCAUUGCGCUGGGUGCCGACAGAUCAGCAAAAGGCUGACGCAUUGACGAAGAGAAGCCCUGCACUGCGAGACUCAUUUCGUAGAUGGGCACAAGAGCCCACUGUGGCUUUGACAGAGGGUCAUGCGCAUAGGAAAAUCGACUUGAGCACUGCCGUAGGUGAUGGCAUUCUGAUCCAG